AUGAAAAUAUUCAGCAAAAAAGAAAUGCUUACCGAUCAAGCUUUGUUAGACGACGAGGACAAUACAGGUGGUGGGACUACAGUAUCACCGGCGUCGGAGGAGGUUAAGCGUUCCGAUGAUGCUGUCAAGAAUGAGGACGAAGAUCUCGAUACGACAAAAUCUCGCAGUUCUAUAGAUACUGCUACCGCAUUGGACGGAAAAACUAGGAGGGAAAGGUUGGUGAAAGUGUAAUU